AGCUCACCAGCGUCUGGGACAAGAGCCAGGGAGAAACCAGAACGAAGGCACCUUUCGUCAACAUGACUUCCAAGCUGGCUAUUGCUCUCUUGGCAGUUUUCCUGCUUUCUGCAGCUCUGUGCGAAGCUGCAGUUCUGUCAAGAAUGAGUUCAGAACUUCGAUGCCAGUGCAUAAACACUCACUCCUCGCCUUUCCAUCCCAAAUAUAUCAAAGAACUGAGAGUGAUUGACAGUGGCCCACAUUGUGAAAACUCAGAAAUCAUUGUAAAGCUUGUCAAUGGAAAAGAGGUGUGCCUGGACCCCAAGGAAAAAUGGGUACAGAAGGUUGUGCAGAUAUUUUUGAAGAGGGCUGAGAAACAGGAAUCAUGAAACAAACACAUUCUCCAUGGUUUCCAAGAAUUCCUCAGUAAAGAUGCCAAUGAGACUUCAAAGAAAUCUACUUCAGCACUUUAUGUUCUGUGUGGGUCUGGUGUGGGGUGGUCAGAUAAAAUACAAUAUGCCCAGUUAGAUUUGAAUAUUAAGUAAAACAAUGAAUAGUUUUUUUCAAUGUCUCAUAUACGUUGUCCUAUGCAAUAUCUAGGCACAUUUAUAUUAAAAAUAUUAUUCAUUGUUUACUGUAAAUUCAAAUUUAGCUGAAAUCCUGGAUAUAUUUUGUUGUUGUUACAUUGUUCCACCCCAGCCUGCUGGCCAGGAUGCACCAGUCCCUGUUCAACUUUGCCUUGGUUUCUUCUUUAUUCCUCAACUGGAGAAAAAGUAUCAGCCACCAUCCUACCUCACAGAGAUGUGAGGACAUGUGGAAGCACUUUAACUUUUUCUCAUGUUGUCUCAAUUAUGUUCAGGUGAAACUUGUUUGCUUAUUUAUUAUUUAUAUAUUUAUUUAAGAAAUAAAUAUAGGGACAUGUGUGCAUAAAUUUGGAAAAAUGGGAAAGGAACUAUUAUUGAUAGGCUAGUAGAAUGAUGGUAGUGAAUUUAUAUUUAUUUUAAUAUUAAAUGAUGUUAUAUUAGAGAAUUAUUUUGAACAAGGUUGCCAGAUUUAGCAAAAUUAAAAACAGACACCCAAUUAAUUUUGAAUUCAGACAAUGGCUAAUUUUUUAGUAUAUCAUUAUUUAUCUGAAAUUUU